AUGUCCCGCGCCGCCAAGAUGUUCCUCGGCACGUCCGUCACAUUCAUGGGCGUGACCAUCUGGGGCGUGCACUGGAUGCAGCAGCGCGAGUCGGACAACAUGUACCUCGGCGUCAUCCGCGACGAGGAGCGCGUGCGUAACCGCGAGCUCGAAAAGGCGCGCGUGGCGGCCGCUGGCGCUGCCGGCGCUCCCGUCAACGCCGUCCAGCCCGCGGCCGUCGUCGACGAAGACUGCGUGACGUGCGUCGUGUCCCCCCCGCCGCAGCUGCUCGAGGCGCAGAGCAAGGAGCAGCGCGCGGCGGAACGCGCAGCCCGCCUGGCCGAGUAUGAGCAGCAAAAGGGGCUGGCGGCGAGUCUGGGCAAGAGCCAGAACAAGCCCGUGGCGGAGCGCGUGGUGUAG